AUGCAGUUGUCGACUUUUGCCUUCUUGGCUUUGGCAGGGGCGUCGCUAUGCGCGGCCCUGCCGACAGACCUCGCAAACUUCCUACUCGUGACGACGGCGCAGGCAAAUCCCGGUGCGAAUACGUCAGACUUGAAAGCUGUAUCCGCGACAUCACUAUUCGACCCGUUCAAUCAGCCCGGCCUGCUCCUGCGCCUCACAGGUCCCGGCUACAACUCUCUGCCGACUUUCACAAUUAGCUCUGGGACUCUGUCCACAGUUGCUCAGGCACCUUUUAACGGUGGUCCGAAGUUAUACAACAGCACUGUAGUUGAGGCGGGCAAGCAGUUGCAGUUCGUGGCUGCCGUACAACCGACGGGAAAUCUGGCGCUGGACGAGAACUACCUUCUGACUGUGAACGGAGAAAAGAGUGGUUGGACGAUCUGCGAUGGGGCUCUAGACACCGACGUGUUGUCUUGGAAGGGAACUGGAGAGGGUUGCGAGGCCACAUAUUUGCAUGCGGUCACAAAGGCGCCGUACUAA